AUGCUGCGGUCAGUCCAGGGGGGGCUUCCUGGGCGACCGAACCGGCCAUUGACCGUCAAGUGCUCGUACGACAGCUCGACGAGGCGCGUGCAGUUCCCGAGCGCCAAAACAUGCCGGCUAGAGUCGCUUAGGAGUCGAGUGGAGGAGGCCUUCUCGCUCUCCCAGUACCCGUUCUAUCUCGUAUACACCGACGAUGACGGAGAGGAGUAUCCGAUCAAGAGUGAAGCGGAAUUUACCGAGGCGAUCGGAUACUUCGUCUCGGGCGAUGACAAUCACAGCAUCCGCGGCUCUGACCGCGGCAUCGCCUUCCCAGCCCAGAAGAUCACGAUGAGAGUUGAGGUCGUUGUCGAGUACGACGGACCGAGCCUUAGCGAUACCUCCAGUAUUGCAUCGCUGUCGCUGUCAAUGUCGUCCGAGAGUGGGUGGAGUGGGGUGACACGGAGCUCGGCACGCAGCGGGUCGGCAUCCUUCGUGUCGCGUGAGGGCACGGACUCGUGGUCCGUCGUCUCGCGCGACCGGGGUGUCCUUGCCCCCGCGGGCCUGAAUACCAGUUACGGAUCAAGUGCGAUGGCGGCAGCGUCGUUCAGAAGCCCGGGUCACCGCACGUACUCGCUCGGCUUCGCCGACCCACCAGUCGACGCCAUGGCUGCGGUGCGGGCAUCGACGACCGGAGGCUCCCUCCACAUACCUCCUGCACCCGAACCAAAUGCCUCAGCACGGCGGCGGCCGAUGCUCUCAUAUCACUCCGCCAAUGGCAGCAGUAGCCUGCUGCGACCCACCUCAAGCUCACCACCACCGUCCGCAGUAUCGCCGUUAACCGUCUCUCCCAUCUCCCCCAUCUCGCCAGCCGAAACCGCCAUGCCGUUGAGAGAAGGUCCGUCUUCUCCAUCAGCCCCAAUGCUCUCGCAGUCUGAACUCGGGUCCCGGUGGUUGCGGGAACAGAGCCAGCUCGCGAGUCGAGUCCCAGUCCACGCGGUACGGCGGUACGACAGCGACAACGAGAGCCUGAGCGACGAGGAAGACAUCGGCGAACUCGCAUUAGUCCGCGACGAGCGGGGCCGGUACUACUACUCAUAUCAGAGCACCGACGCCGCCUCGCUCUGGUCGCGGUCCGAUGAGACCUCCACAUCACGAGAACGACCGUUGUCCCGUCUCUCUGAGGCGAGCGGCGUAACUGCAUCUCCACCUCUCACGGCAGAGCUCCAAGAUGUGCGUCACGGACCUCCCCUACUCGCGUCGGACUGCUCGGCAUGUGGCAUCCGCCUCGAUUACAUGCGUUACGUGUGCACGACGUGCGGCGAGGGUGACAUGUGGACUGUAAACGCCGUCAAAGCUCCGUUCGUGCCCCGCAUCGCAAGCGAACACGAGUCAGGCUCGGACGGCACGGCCUGGGGCAUGGCUACGCGGGCAGCUAGCACGUCCAGCGGUUCAGAUGGGCAAACCGUACAUAAUGGGCGGCUGGGACGUGCCGCCUCCGACGCUGCGUCUCACGGCAGUGCAGCUUCGCCGGACAGCCUGCAGCCCUUGGAGACGGAGGGCCCAGACGGGUUCGAGGCCGCCCCGCGCGGGUACGAACUGUGUGCGAACUGCAUCGAGGCGCACGGCAUCACCCAUUCCAAGGCUGCAUCCAGAGCGGCGCGACGGCGGCGUACGGGCCACAUCAGGCACGCGUUCCGCGAGAAGAUCUGGGGAACGGAGGGCUGGGUGGAUGUUGACUACUCGGAAGACGCAGAGUGCACGAUCUGCCACGGCGCGAUGUACCGCAGCUGGUAUAAGUGCGUGUCGUGCCCAAAGUUCGAUUUGUGUCGAUCAUGUUAUCAGAAGGUGCAAGAGAUCCACCCCGCGCAUGUCUUCCUCUCCAUACCUGACCAACCCAUUGCACGACUGCCCUUGCCGCCCCGGCCGAACGGGACGGCGGAGAGCGCACAUGUGCGACAUCCUGGCGCGUUCUGUCACAACUGCCUCCAGGACAUUGUCGGCCCGCGCUUCCAUUGCGCUGUUUGCCCGUCAUGGGACCUGUGUAUACAGUGCGAAGGCGUCGGGGCAACAGGGGAUGGAUCGCAUACGCCAGACCACAUUAUGAUGAAGAUCCCUGUGCCCUUAGCGUCCAGCGAGGUCGAGGUUGUCAGUAGGCGUGCCCGCGAUCGUUGGUUCCAGCAGGACUCGUCGACGGUGGCCGCAACACCAUCCUCACGGUCAACCUCACCGACCAUUGAGGUAGAGACGGUCUACGCCCCGGCGUUCCGGACCAGCGUACGCGGCCCGAGUCCUGCUUCUGGCCCACCACGGACAAACCAAGGACGGACCACGCCACGAGCAGCACCUGUCGUCGGUAUCGGCGACGGCUUGGACCACAACGCACGUUGCGCCAACUGCAACGAGUGGAUCAUGGGACGGCGCUUUCAGUGCGCUAACUGCCCGUCGGACCCUAUCCCGUACAACCUGUGCUCGAUUUGCGAGCUGCGCAGCUACCGCGUGCAUGACCCGCGGCACGUCUUCUUCAAGUUUGACCGGCCCGUGCACGUGCCGCUCCAAAGCCCCCAUCCGCUGCUCCCCCUUCUGUACCAGCACCGCAGACCCGUUGGCAAAGUGCCGGCGACGGCUGUAGUCAACCCGCGCGAUCCGACGUCGUACCUCAAGCAUGUUCUGCACAGUGACACGCUAUGCGACAUUCACUCGGAUCAGAUUCGGGGCAUCUGGCUACGAUGCGCGCAUUGUGCUGCAGGCUUUGACAUCUGCUCCGAGGCUGAGGUGAUGGCCUCGGUGAGCCACGACCCUACGCACGUGUUUGUCGUUUUCAAGGCACCCGUCGACAUGGAUCGCUUCCGCGACCUGGCCAACUUGAGAGGCGGGCACCCACGGGCUCUGCUGCAAAGGCAAGUGUAUAUUAGCUAG